UCCCCUCUGGUCCCUGAACUGAGGUGGAAGGGCAUCACCCUUGGAUGGUAGUCAAUGGGAGAAUCGAUGGUAUUAGCAGCUAGAUGGGCGGACUUGUCCUCGCCCAGCGUCCGCUUUGGCUGCUGUUAGAGAGAGAGCUUAUUACGGGCGGAACAGUGGCUUGGCAAUCAUCUGUUUGUCCUUCCGAGGUUGACAGGAUCGGAGUGCCACCCUAAGGCCUGAUCGCGAUCCUGGAAGGGGGUCGUGGGGUCGCGGCCGGCAGGCUCUGUAGGACACUGGGGUGGAGGGUAGGGAAGAGGUCGGGUGGUAAACAGGAAGUGGGUGCGGACAGGUAGGUUAUGGGGGCACCGGGGAGCCCCCGAGUGUGGAGGGGCUGUGUCAGCCCGCCCAGUAGCCUUGUGGAGAUCUGGUAGGUGACACUCCGGAUUCGGGCUUAUACCUGGGGCUCCGCAGGCUCCCGAGGAUGGGUGUGUCUGUCCUUCGACACCCCCACUCCCCCACCCUCAGAGUUCUUGCGACCGGAGGAGUGCCAGGUCACCAGAGAGGUUUGAGGAAUGGAGCAGAGUGCUGUCGUUAAAAGAAACAGUCACGGAAAUGUUAUUUUCACAGAUUUCCCUAGAGUGCGGUACCCGAUGCCGCAUUUGUAGCACAUUUCGUGAAAAUGACCCAUUGGUUUCAUAGGAACCCAUUAAAAGCUACAGCUCCCGUGUCUUUUAACUACUAUGGCAUGAUCACUGGUCCUCCUGCUUCAAAGAUUUGCAAUGACUUGAGAUCCGCCAGGACUCGGCUCCUCGAAUUGUUCACUGAUUUGAGCUGUAAUCCAGAAACGAUGAAGAAUGCGGCAGACUUGUAUUUCUCUCUUUUACAAGGUCUCAUAAAUUCAGUGGGUGACUCCACCCAGGAAAGCAAACUACGGUACAUUCAGAAUUUCAAGUGGACCGAUACAUUACAAGGACACGUUCCAAGCGCCCAGCAAGAUGCUGUUUUUGAACUGAUUUCCAUGGGAUUUAAUGUAGCACUGUGGUAUACAAAGUAUGCUUCAAGAUUGGCUGGAAAAGAAAACAUAACAGAAGACGAAGCAAAAGAAGUUCACCGGAGCCUAAAAAUUGCAGCUGGGAUUUUUAAACAUUUAAAGGAAAGUCAUAUACCCAAACUUCUUACACCAGCAGAGAAGGGGCGGGAUUUAGAGGCCCGGCUCAUCGAUGCUUACGUCAUCCAGUGCCAGGCCGAGGCUCAAGAAGUAACAAUUGCCCGAGCAAUUGAGCUGAAGCAUGCUCCAGGACUGAUUGCUGCACUUGCAUACGAAACGGCCAGCUUCUACCAGAAAGCAGAUCAUACUUUGUCCAGUUUGGAGCCUGCACACUCUGCUAAAUGGAGAAAGUACCUUCACUUGAAGAUGUGCUUCUACACGGCUUAUGCGUAUUGCUACCAUGGCCAGACUCUGUUGGCGAGUGAUAAAUGUGGAGAAGCAAUCAGAUCUCUCCAAGAAGCAGAAAAAUUGUAUGCAGAGGCAGAAGCCCUGUGCAAAGAAUAUGGGGAAACCAAAGGCCCCGGGCCAACGGCCAAACCGUCAGGACACUUGUUCUUUCGGAAGCUUGGGAGCCUUGUGAAGAACACCCUGGACAAAUGUCAGAGAGAAAAUGGCUUCAUUUACUUUCAAAAAAUUCCAACAGAAGCCCCACAACUGGAACUCAAAGCAAAUUAUGGGCUGGUAGAGCCUGUGCCUUUUGAAUUUCCUCCUAUGAGUGCUCACUGGACACCGGAAGCGAUGGCUGCAUUUGAUCUCACCAAGAGACCCAAGGAUGACAGUACCAAACCCAAACCGGAAGAGGAAGUGAAACCUGUAAAAGAACCAGAUAUCAAACCUCAGAAGGACACUGGGUGCUCUAUCUCCUAGGAAUGUCACUCCCUUAGGAAUCUCUGCUGGUCCGUAAGAGAGCCGAGGGACUUCAGUUCACCUCUUCCGAUUCUCUGAAGCCCAUAGGAUAAUUGUCAGCUUCGGAGCAACCUGGCCUUUAGUUUAUUUAUUCUCCAUUUUUAACAUAGAGGCAUUUCCUGAUUUUGUUUCUGGGCUCUGCUUCUUUAAUCAGAACAUUGGGAAGGGUUGUUUUUUAUGCCUCUAAUGAGAAUAUGUGGGGAGUUGGACCUUUUUUGAACUCUAGAUAGUAAGUCUCAUGUUGAUGUUUUUCUACUUUCACAAAAAUGUUUAUUCUUCUUGUUUGAUACCAGAAGAAUGUUGUGGAAAGAGAUGGGUUCGCCUCUCAUCACCAGCUUGUCAGAUCUGAGUCUAGCUCAGUCUUCUGGCAGUGAAACAGAAUCGCAGUUGAAAAUCAGAAGACCUCAGACCAGAUUCUUUUCUUAUACUUAACCAGAGUCUAUGAUCACUAGAAAAUAAGUGUCUUCAAGAAUGUGUAAGCUACUUGGGGAUCGGCAGUGUGGGUGUGUGCCCCUCAGCCCUGGCUCAGCCGGUAGCACCAUGCUCUUCUCACACUCAGUACUGACCGACACAGUGGUGGGUUUUUUUUUUUACAAGUACCUUUUCUAAUGAAGUUUUUACUUAAGGGGUAAAGCUUUGUACUAGCAUUUAGUGCUUCUAUAUAUAGAGAGAAAGAAUGGUAGUGUGUUUUGAAGAAGUAAAAUGUUGCAUGUUGUAAAGCAAGCCUUUGUAAACUCAGCCAAGAUAGGUGGUCCUGGACCACACUGGUAAGUCAAGUCCUUUGUUAGAAAUGUUUUAAGAAAAUGCCUUUGUUACCUGAUUUUGGUGUACAUUGUGUUUUUAACAUGGUUUUCUUCAAUAUGUAUCCUAUCAGAGUUGUUUGGUGUUAGCCAAAGGCCGUAGCGACAGGAGGUUACGAUAUAGACACACAAACUAUGAUCUUUAAAGUGGGCUGCAUCAUUUAAAGGAUUUGGUUAUAAUAACCCACAGACUGGGAAUGGUGGGUGGGUGAUGCUUUACCGAGGAACAGAUGUGGUGUAUCCUCUUGGUUACUCUCCUGGGGUGUUAACUUCGCUUUCUAGGUGACAGAUUGCUUCACAUAAUAGGAAUAAUAAUGUAUGUGAGAACUUACUGUGUGCCAGAAGUGUAUAGGCACAUGCAUAGACUACUGCAUCCCCUUAGCAACCCUGUGAGAAAUACAUCAAUCCGCAUAAAGUAUUGAAACAGGAAUGUACAUCUCAUGAUGAAGAGUGAACAGAUUAUACCUGUCAAUCAAGAUUGUAGUCAAUUAAUCAUAUAUCAUAGCUCCCACUCCUUUGAAAAGCUACAUAUAAUCACUAAGGAUUUUUUUUUAAAUAAUUUAAAAUGUUAGUUACAGCUUGCAGUAUCUAAUACUUGAAGCUGUAGCUUUCAGAACACUUGGAGCAACUACUGAAUGAGCAUUAAGUUUUAUUUUGCUGCCUCUAUAGUAAAACAGUGCUUUAUUAAGUUUUCGCCCUUCCUACAGAAUCUCUUGUUAAAUGCCAGUUACUGACAGAGCUCUUAACUAGUACUCACUGCUGCUGCCUGACUCUCUGCCUGUAGGACUUGCUCUGUGUACUGAGACUCAUUAACCUAGAUAGUCACACUGGGGUUUCUGUGGACUAAACUGCCAUUCAUGAAAUGGAAACACAUACUAUGUCCGGCACUUCUGUAAAGGGCAGUAAAUGCAGGUGUUUAAAUCCAUAAUUGGCAAUGUUCACAUGAUCGCAUGAGCAGUCUUCAGUUGACUGCAAAGUAACACCAGAAGCCUAAUAUACCCCAGAACAUAAGGUUCUGAAGUAGUAGCAGUUUGGAGAGACACAGAAUAUAAGCACUGGUAUGCAGGCUAUGGAGAGAUGAAACUGGACAAUGGUGUUGCAUGUAUUUCAUACCAGGUGAGGUCAGCUCACAUGCUGCUUCUGUAUAGUGUUUCUAUGAUUUACCUUUUUAUUUAUGAAAAUAAAAGCCAAUUUACUUAACAUA